ACAUCUGUGAUAGGAUGGAUUCCUGAAGAAUUAUUCUUUAACUGUCACUACAGAUGAAGUUGUGAGUCAUUACAGUUGCAUUUCUUACGUAAAGGUUGGUUUUCAGACACCAGUUCCAGCCCUCCCACUUUUUACUGUUGGCUGCUUGAGGAUUUCAGUGUGCUGUACGGAGGUGAUAUUAAAGAGGUGAGGCCAGGUAUGUGUAUAAAAGCAUUUAAAAGCACAAGAAGUGCGGUGAUCAAUUAGGAUGUGCUGACCAGGUAACACAGGGGAGGGCUGCUGUACUGGUAACAGUGAAGCAAACUAUGGUACAGGGUAUGUUCUUUACACACUGUAGUUUUCAGGUAGCAUGUCCAAAUACAUAGUGUUUUGUCAGCUAGCUAUCAGCAUUGUCUUAUUUCUCUGCCACAGAAACAAACCCAUGACUUUUCUAAAGCUUCAUGGGUUUUACUGAAAAGCUUCACUCAAAUGUAAAGGAUGAGGAAGGAGACUAUGAGUUAAGUUCAGCUUGUACUGAAUAUCUUAUUUUACCUCUCUUCUUUUUUCCCCAGAAUCUAAAAAUUUCUGUUGACAUCAUUGAACUUGUCAAAUUCUAACAAAACAGAAGCCAAAUCACAGAUUGUUUGGAGAGUGAAAUACACCUUUGUCUGUCUUAAUAUGCAUCACGAUUAGAAGCUUGUAUGGCUCUCAAACAUCAGCAGAGUGUGUUCUGACAUCAAGAGCUGCAUGAAGAAUAGCCAGCAUGAAGAGAACAAAUCAGUCCAGGCAGAAGUGCAGAAGCGUCAAGAACAUAAAUCAGGAAGGUGAAAUGGAAGGUGAGGCGGUCGAAGCUAUUGUGGAGGAAUCGGAAACUUUUAUUAAGGGGAAAGAGAGAAAAACCUAUCAAAGACGCCGAGAAGGUGGGCAGGAGGACGAUGCUUGUCAUAUACCACCAAACCAAGCAGAUGGAGGUGAAGUGGUGCAGGAUGUCAGCGGCGGUGUGCAGAUGGUGAUGAUGGAACAGCUGGAUCCAACUCUUCUUCAAAUGAAGACUGAAGUAAUGGAAGGCGCGGUGCCUCAAGAAACGGAGGCCACGGUGGAUGACACGCAGAUCAUAACACUUCAGGUUGUUAAUAUGGAAGAGCAGCCUAUAAAUCUUGGUGAGCUUCAGCUGGUCCAAGUACCUGUACCAGUGACUGUACCUGUUGCCACUACGUCUGUGGAAGAACUUCAGGGAGCUUAUGAAAAUGAGGUUUCCAAAGGAGGCCUGCAGGAGGGAGAGCCCAUGAUCUGUCACACCCUCCCUUUACCAGAAGGCUUCCAAGUAGUGAAAGUGGGGGCAAAUGGUGAGGUGGAGACACUGGAACAAGGUGAACUUCAGCCACAGGAAGAUCCCAAUUGGCAAAAAGAUCCAGACUAUCAGCCACCAGCCAAAAAAACAAAGAAAAACAAAAAGAGUAAGCUUCGCUACACUGAGGAAGGCAAAGAUGUGGAUGUCUCUGUGUAUGACUUCGAAGAGGAGCAGCAGGAGGGUUUGUUGUCCGAGGUCAAUGCAGAAAAGGUGGUGGGCAACAUGAAGCCACCUAAACCAACAAAAAUUAAAAAGAAAGGUGUAAAGAAGACAUUCCAGUGCGAACUGUGCAGUUACACUUGUCCGCGUCGUUCCAACUUGGACCGCCACAUGAAAAGCCACACUGAUGAAAGACCGCAUAAGUGCCAUCUCUGUGGCAGGGCUUUUCGGACAGUCACGCUGCUGAGGAACCACCUCAACACUCAUACAGGUACUCGCCCUCACAAGUGCCCAGACUGCGACAUGGCCUUUGUGACCAGUGGAGAGUUGGUUCGGCAUCGCCGCUACAAACAUACCCAUGAGAAACCAUUCAAAUGUUCCAUGUGUGAUUAUGCUAGUGUGGAGGUUAGCAAAUUGAAACGCCACAUUCGUUCUCACACUGGAGAGCGUCCGUUCCAGUGCAGCUUGUGCAGCUAUGCCAGCAGGGAUACUUACAAACUGAAGAGGCACAUGAGGACCCACUCUGGAGAGAAGCCAUAUGAAUGUUACAUCUGCCAUGCUCGCUUCACUCAGAGUGGUACCAUGAAGAUGCACAUUUUGCAGAAGCACACAGAGAAUGUGGCCAAAUUUCACUGUCCUCACUGUGAUACCGUUAUAGCAAGAAAGAGUGACUUGGGUGUCCAUUUGCGAAAGCAGCAUUCCUACAUCGAACAGGGCAAGAAAUGUCGCUAUUGUGACGCUGUGUUUCACGAGCGGUAUGCCCUCAUCCAGCAUCAGAAGUCUCACAAGAAUGAGAAGCGCUUCAAAUGUGACCAGUGCGAUUACGCCUGCAGACAGGAGCGGCACAUGGUCAUGCAUAAACGGACCCAUACUGGAGAAAAGCCUUAUGCCUGUAGCCAUUGCGAUAAAACCUUCCGUCAGAAACAGCUCCUCGAUAUGCACUUCAAACGAUAUCACGAUCCCAACUUUGUCCCUGCUGCCUUUGUCUGUUCCAAGUGUGGCAAAACAUUCACUCGCAGGAACACAAUGGCCAGACAUGCUGAUAACUGCUCUGGCCUAGAUGGUGGGGAAGGAGAGAAUGGAGGAGAGACAAAGAAGGGCAAACGUGGCCGAAAGAGAAAGAUGCGGUCUAAGAAAGAAGAUUCCUCUGAUAGUGAGGAAAAUGCUGAACCAGAUUUGGAUGAUAAUGAAGAUGAGGAGGAGACAGCAGUAGAAAUUGAGGCUGAACCUGAAGUUGAGCCAGAGGCUCCUGCACCACCUCCCAGUAAGAAACGAAGAGGAAGACCACCAGGCAAAGCUGCCACCCAACCAAAACAAUCCCAGCCUGCAGCAAUCAUUCAGGUUGAAGACCAGAACACUGGUGAAAUUGAAAAUAUUAUAGUUGAAGUAAAGAAAGAACCUGAUGCGGAAACAGCAGAGGAAGAGGAGGAAGCUCAGCCUGCAGUAGUGGAAGCUCCCAAUGGAGACCUCACUCCUGAGAUGAUUCUCAGCAUGAUGGACCGGUGAUGGAGGAAGACCACGCUGGCUGACUGAACUGGCCUGGGCUGUGUUUAAGCGGCUCAAAUCUAUUUUUCCUUUUACCUUUUUUUCUUGGCUUUGGGAAGUGCAUCAUUUUAGACCAUUUUACCAAAAC